AUGGCGAAAAGAAAACUGAACAAAGAUAGGCUCCAACUAACAGGCGUGCGCGAAGAAGACGGCACCCUUACAGCAGAUUGUGAACGGGUUGUGUCCAGAGCACAAGAGUUCAACGAAAAGCUGUACUCAUCAACACGCCCAGAGCCUCCACCACCACCACUAACAGAACAAAAACCAGCCCCGAAGAACCUGAGAUACAACAGAGGUUUCACGAAUUCCCUGAUAUCGAAGACUGGGAGGCCAAUCAGCUUGCUCAACAAUACCUACAAGCUGUUCACCAAAAUCAUCACAAACAGAGUUACGAGAACGUUAGACGAAAAUCAACCACGAGAACAGGCCGGCUUCAGAAAAGUUUUUUCAACCAUUGACCAUCUUCACUCCGUAAAUCAGCUGAUCGAAAAGUGCGCCGAGUACAGGAUACCGCUAGUCAUCGGGCUUGUUGAUUACAACAAGGCUUUGAUUCUGUGGAGAUCCCAGAUGGGAGUAAGACAAGGUGAUACGAGCUCACCCAAGUUAUUCACAGCCUGCUUGGAGAUCUUCCGCGUGCUGCCCUGGGAAAACAAAGGACUAGAAAUCGACGGUGAGCGUUUAAACCAUCUACGCUUUGCCGACGACAUCAUAGUUUUCGCAAGCACCGUAGCAGAACUUCAACAGAUGCUAAAAGAGUUGAACAGAGAAAGUUUGAAGAACGCGUCCAGAGAAGAAGAGAUCAAAAGGAGAAUUACACUCGGAUGGCAGGCCUUUGGCAAAGCGAGCGCAAUCCUCAAAAACAAAGAAUUUCCAUUGGUCCUAAAACGACAAGUCUAUGAUCAAUGCAUCACACCCACGGUCACCUACGGGUCAGAGACUUGGAAUCUCACGAAAAAACAACUCCUCAAGCUUAGAUCCAUGCAAAGAGAACACGAGAGAAUUAUGCUCGGCGUCACAUAG